UCUUUCAGUGAAACGAAACUAUUCAAUGUCAUCCCCAGAAAGUGAACACACUCGAUCAACUGCUUAGGAAAAAACAAACAACAAAAAACAAAAACAUGGCUGGCAAACCUGCAUUGGAAGGCUCACGCCUCAGGGUGGUGCUGGUGGGGCAGGAGAGAGUGGGGAAGAGUUCAGCGGGAAACACCAUCCUGGGAAAGAAGGCAUUUGACUGUAAGAUCAGUUCCAGCCCAGUGACUCUGUGUAGUCAGAAAGUAGAAGCUGAUGUUCAGGGUCGCAGAAUCUCUGUGGUCGACACUCCUGGACUCUUCAGCACUCGGUUGUCUAUAAACAUGGUGAAAGCAGAGAUGUUAAAAGCACUCAAGCUGAGCUUUCCAGGUCCUCACGUUUUCCUCCUCGUCCUCCAGCUCGGAAGAUUCACCAAACAAGAGCAGGAAGGGCUGAAAAGCCUGCAGACAAUGCUGAGUCCUGACGUUUCCAAACACACCAUGGUCCUGUUCACAUAUGGAGACCGACUGAAAAACACCAUCGACAUAGAGAAGUUUGUCAGCAAUGACAACAACCUGAAGGAACUGCUUAAAAACUGCUGUGGUCUGUACCACGUGUUCAACAAUGAAGAGAUGGAUGAGAGGCUCCAAGUCCACGAGCUGCUAGACAAAAUAGACUCCAUUACAGAUGGAGGACAUUUGUACUAUCAGGGAAGCUUUGAGUCAGAGAGAUCGAUCAGGAUUUUCUAUGUGUAUUGCUGGGGUUUAACGCUCCGGGUUCUUAGACAAGUUAAUUACAUGGGAAUAUUUAACAUCAUCCGUUUCAUCUUCACAUGGUGGGAGACACAUUUCGAGUGAGAUAAAACUGUAAAAUGAGGCAGAGGAGAGAAAGAACACAGGAUGACGGCUGAGAAACAAAGGACAAAAACAGGAGUAUGUGACAGGAGCAAUGUUUUCAUCAGUCCUUGAUAUCCAGAGGUCACACAUCCACAGAUUUUGUUAAGCAUAUAUCUAGAUUAGGAUCAUAGCUGGGUGGAGUCUAUUCCAAGUGACAGAGGUGUUGAUGAAAUCUGAAAUAAACUGAGAUAGACACAACCAGGUUGUCUUGAUGAGUUGUAUUUACCUUUGGGUCAAGCAACAGCACUGAGAGAUUAACAGUAGUCUGCAUGUUUUUGACAAAGAGAGACUGUAAGCCUAGAUUAAAAAAGAAAAAAGAAAGAAACAAUUUAUCUCUCAGAAUCCCGGGUAAUGACAGAUAUCUUGUACACAGACAUGUGGUACAUCUGUAAGAUUACUGUCGCCAAGUAAGAGUAAGAAAACAGGUAAGAAUAACCAUUUAAAAUCAUCUAAAUGACAUUUUUGAAGAAAUGUACUGUUUUUCUAUUUUGAUAUCUACUUUUUCCUAAACUGAUUUUUGUUCGUGUAUUCAUGUCACUCCUUUAUAUGCAAUGUUUUAUGUUGCUUGUAUCUAUGUAAGUGGAAGUAGCUUCAAACUGAUAUUAAUAAGUAGCUCUUAAUAUCAUUGCAAUACAGGAUUAGCCAAUAUUCAUUAUUAAGGAAGAAGAUGCAGAUCAAUAAAACAGUAAUUUGAUGAUGUAGCCCGAGUUGUGACCUGUGCUGCCUCUUUUCCCCCUCUUAUGUUAAUUUGUUUUAAACAGAACAUAAAUCAGCAAACAGAUUUCUCUUGUUUGUGUUAUAUUGUUUGCAUGAACUGAAGAAGCAUCUUAGAUGAGAGUUGAAACAUCUUUAAGGAAUUUUACAUCCAGUCGCUUUAUUUCCAAGCUCCUUAGACUCUUGUUUACAUUCUUUACCAGACUGGUGGAUGUUUAUCAUUGUGGCUGUGGGUUUAGCACUCCUAAUAGCUGUUGUGGUCAUCAUCAUCAUAUACAAAAGAGUUAAGUGUCAGAAUAUUACCAAGCAGGAUGGAUUAACUUGAAUUUUGUUUGUGGAAGCAAAAGUCCUUGUCUUGUCUUGUCUUGUCUUGUCAGGGAAACCAGCAAAAAUGGAUACAAACACUGUGAGUUUUUAAAAUAGACUUAUUAAAUAUUUAUUACAUUCUUUCUUUGUGGACCAAGUGCAUGAUAACUUGACCUUUAAUGCACUUAUUUUCUAAAGUGACUUGGACAAGGUUGUCUACAAAAUGAAUCUCGUAUUUGUUGAUGAGCUUAUUGGGCUUUGAAUAUUAGUGUACACACAUAAUGUAAUGUGCAAAUAAAGAAAUAAACAGUG